AUGGCUGAUGAACCGGUGCCGCCAGUAUUAGGCAUUGAGCCAGACGCACUUCCAGAGGAUAUCCAGAGCUUUGGGUGGACCCCGCUGGAAGAGCUAAGUGGUGACAGCAAUGGCAUUGACCUUGCGCUCUUGCUGGCCCGGAACUCAAGCUGCAAAGCCGGAAGCAUGGGGUGCGCCAUUGCUGAUAAAUCCGGCAGGAUCAUUGCAGGCCAUGUGAAUGGCCCAGUGUGGGAGCCGAAUGCGAAGCGACCGGCCUCGGACCUCCACGCAGAGGUCAACGCCGUUGGGCGCUGCGCACGUUUGGGGCGGGCCACUGAAGGCUCUUCGGUUUACGUUACAAUGCCCCCGUGUAAGCGCUGCUUCAUGGCCCUGAUUGCUGCUGGCGUGCGGCGGAUCGUCACACGCAAAGAGUUUCUGACGCAGGACUCCAAGGAUAUUCAGACUGCCGCCCGUCGGCUCGACAUUGCCGUAAAGGUCGUGUCGGAUACAGCAGAGAGGCGAGAGCGCCUGGACAAGCUCUGCGGGCCGAUGCAAAAGCGAACCUUGGCGGCUUCUUUCUCUAUGACCUAUAGGACCUGGCAAGGUCUCAGUCCAGAGCUUGACAAACAUGCCCCAACGGAGGAAAACGCGAUCAAGAAGAAGUGGAUCCACCGGAGAGAGCUGGGAUUCAGUGUCGGCUCUGGCGUGAGAAACAAGGCCAUUGUGCCCGGCGUUGUUGAUGAUCCAUGA